AUGCCGCCUUCCCAAUUGAAGCGGCUGAAAAGCUCGCUGCGCGAACAGGGCAUCACUGGUCCGCAAAAGUCGAAGAAACAGAAGAAGUCGCAGUCCAAAAACGCCGAACACCACCAGCGAAGAGCCUCUGCACUCGCAUCGAUCCGCGAAUCUUUCAAUCCAUUCGAGUUCAAGCACCUUGCGCGCCCACAUAAGCAUGAGUAUGUCUCUGCGCAGGCGGAGAAUGCGCCCAAAAAGGUUCUCGGCAGGCCUGGCGUCACUAAGAGCCAGGGCGAGGAGGCCCGCAGGAAGUCGCUGUUGCCGGAGAUGCAUCGCAAGAAUAAGGUCGGAGGCAUUCUCGACAGGCGGAUAGGAGAAGAUGACCCGACAAUGAGUCUGGAUGACAAAAUGAUGGCGCGCUUUGAGCGGGAGCAGCAGCGCAAGAGGAGCGGCAAUGUGUUUGAUCUCGAAGACGACGCUGACGAGGUCGAGCUUACGCACGGCGGGCAGUCGCUACGUUUUGAUGACGAGAUUGGUGAGGAAGACUACGACGCAGCUAGUAUCGCUGGGUCAAGCGACGACGAGGAUGGUUUCCUGAAAAAGAAGAGGCGAAGAGACGAUGUGGAUGGCGAGGCUGAAGGCGAUGUCCCUGCAGAGGAGCAGCCGGAGAGGAAGAAGAGCAAGCAGGAGGUCAUGAAGGAGGUCAUAGCCAAGUCGAAGCAGCACAAGUACGAACGUCAGGCACAAAAGGAGGACGACGAUGAACUGAGAGAUGAGCUCGACAAGGAUCUCAACGAUGUUCUGACUGCGCUGCGAGGACACAUCAACAAGAAGCCGGAACCUGAAGCACCCAAAGGUUCGCAGCUUGACGACUUUGGAAUGAACGCCGAUCGUGCGGCACUACUUGCUGGAACUACGCAACAGGACAAGGAUAGGGAGUACGAUACCAGAGUGCGCCAAUUGCUGCAGGAUCAGCGUGCAAAGCCGACAGAGCGGACAAAGACAGAGGAGGAAAAGGCCAAGGAGGAGGCUGACCGACUGAAGGAGCUCGAGCAAAAGCGCAUGAAGAGGAUGCGUGGAGAAGCGAUCAGUGAUGACGAGGAGCCACGCAAGAACGGCGCCGAUGAGCCCGAGGAGGAUGAGGAUAGCCUUCUGGACGACGCUGCCGAAUUUGGGUUAAAAGUUCCGGGUCAGCUCCGACCAGAGGGUGUGGAAGACGAGGAUGACUUCAUCAUGGACGAUGAUCUCGUCGCUACCGAUUCCGAGGCUGACAUUUCCGACGAAGAGUCUGAUGCUGGCUCCGCUAUCGACGACACCAUGGCCAUGGACGACGAAGACGCUGAUUUCCUCAAGGACGUCAUGCCAGAGCGCAAGGAGCAACCAAAGGCUGUCAACGGCGUGCUUACUCUGAGUACCGAGCCUUCAUCGAAGCUGGCAUUUACGUAUGCAUGCCCUCGGUCACACGAAGAGUUGUUGAAGGUCUUCAAGGGAGUUGCCCACAACGACACUUCGACUGUGAUCCAAAGGAUACGUGCGCUUUACCAUGCCGGUCUUCAUGCGGACAAUAAGAACAAACUUGCUGAUUUUGCUUGCGCACUCAUUGACCAUGUCUCGUACCUUGCGAACGAGACUCUAGCCGCUCCAUUGGCAGUCAUCGAGUCCAUCAUUCGACAUGUUCACUCCAUGUCGCGCUCAUACCCUGUUCAGAUUGCGACCAAGUUUCGACAACACUUGAAGCAAUUGCAGAUCUCGAAUGAUCCUACGCCUGGAGAUCUCGCUGUCCUAUCAGCGAUAGGAUCCAUCUUUCCUACCUCUGAUCACUUCCAUCAAGUCGUUACGCCUGCCAUAACCCUGAUGGCACGCUGGAUGGGUCUUACCUCGCCAGCCUCGACCAAAGACGUUGCUACUGGCGCUUUUAUCGGCGCACAAUGUCUCCACUACCAAAGGCUAUCAAAGCGAUACAUUCCUGAGUUCAUCCGCUACACUGGUCUCUGUCUGGCCUCAGAGCACGCUACAGCAGCGCUUCUCACGGCACACAGCAAGAACAUCAUUACAGCCGCCGAACUCUGGAGCACCUCAGCCUCAUUCGUCGAAGUCUUCACACCCCUCCUUGGCCCCCUCAAGUCAGCCAAGCAAACCUCCACCCUGCAAAACCUACAAGCCCGUAUCUCCCUCGCACGUUCUAAACGCCGUCCUCUCCUCCUCCACAACCACCGACCUCUCCCCAUCAAAUCCAACAUUCCCAAAUUUGAAGAAUCCUUCGAUCCCAACCGCCACUACGACCCUGACAAGGAGCGCUCAGACGCCAAGAAGCUGCAGAAGGAGUACAAGCGCGAGAGGAAAGGUGCGAUGCGCGAGUUGCGCAAGGAUGCCAACUUCAUUGCGAGAGAGAGUCUCAAGGAGAAGAAGGAGAAGGAUCGGGCGUAUGAGACUAAGUACAGGAGGCUUGUGGCGGAGAUUCAGGGUGAGGAGGGGAGAGAGAAGAAUGCGUAUGAGAGGGAGAAGAAGGCGAGGAAGAGGGGUUAG